AUGGCGAAGCUUUACGCUCUGAAAACAGUCAACGACGACAUGAGUCUGACUUUCACGAGACAGCUAACUCGCGAGAUGGAGAUCCUCCGCCGCACUGGUUCUUUUUACAUCGUACGGUGCCACAGGAUCUUCACAGAAACCAAUCGCUGGCGAGGUUUCAAUCCUCAUGGAGUAUAUGGACAGCGGAAACCAAUCGCCGACGAGGUUUCAAUCCUCUGCAAUUCGUUCGUCGGCACAUGCGCUUACAUGAGUCCGGAGAGAUUCGACUCCGUCGCCGAAGAAAACUCCGAUGUAUACGCAUGCGAUAUCUCAAGUUUUGUCGAACAUUUUCUAUUACUUCCGCGGGGACAGAGACAUGAUUGGGUGACAGAGUCUUAA